UUUCCCGGAAGUGGCUAACAAGUCAUAAAUUUGAGUCGCUUCCAAGACUUCGCACUGCUUUAAAGAUGAGAUUGCCAUGCAGAGUCAGCUCACUGCACACAUGUUCCAGGAGGGCAUCCUCAGCCCCCGCAGGGGUGUUUGUCCCCGCCUGCGGCUCCACAAACACACAGUCCCUCCAGCUACUCCAAGACUUUGUCUCCCGGGCCACACGUCUGUUUGCCAUCAGCGGCGCGGGUCUCUCCACAGAGUCCGGCAUCCCAGACUACCGUUCGGAAGGCAUCGGCCUUUAUGCCCGCACCGACAGACGGCCCAUGCAGCAUAUAGAGUUUGUCCGCAGCGCCAAGUCCCGUCAGCGUUACUGGGCGAGGAACUUUCUGGGGUGGCCGCAGUUCUCCUCGCAUCAGCCCAACGCGGCGCAUAAGGCUUUGCAGCAUUGGGAGGGGCGUGGCAAACUGCACUGGCUGGUCACCCAGAAUGUGGAUGCUCUUCAUUCAAAGGCAGGACAGAAAAGACUCACUGAGCUCCACGGAUGUGCACACAGGGUAGUGUGUUUAGGCUGUGGCAGUUUCUCGACAAGGGAGGAGCUCCAGAGGCGUUUCGUAGACCUCAACCCAGACUGGAGGGCUCAGGCCGGGGCCGUGGCUCCAGACGGAGACGUCUUCCUGGAGGACGAGCUGGCUUGCCACUUCAUGGUUCCCUCCUGUGAGGUCUGUGGAGGGAUACUGAAGCCUGAGGUUACCUUCUUCGGCGACACAGUGAACAAAGACACGGUUCAGUUUGUGCACAAUAAAUUAGCCCAGUCGGACGCAGUGCUCGUCAUCGGGACCUCGCUGCAGGUCUACUCAGGAUACAGAUUUUUACUGGCAGCCAGCGAUAGAAACAUACCGGUCGCCAUUGUGAACAUUGGUCCGACGAGGGCAGACCAUUUGGCCCAGCUGAAAGUGAGAGGACGCUGCGGUGAAGUGCUAUCACUCAUUCAACCUCUCUGAUGGAAAUAAUGACAUAAAACAUGGAAUGUAAAGAGGAAAAACUACCAGGAUGCAACAUCACAUACACGUGGAUAAGCUAAUGUGAUACAAUUCAAUUCUGUCUUUCAUAGAUCAUAAUGUUCAUUUUAAUUUUGAAAUCUGUUUCUUUUUUGGUUGUAGUUUGCAGUGGUGUGCAAAUGCAUCAUACUGAGGGCUGUUUCUAUUAUUAACGCUCUUAUUUUGAUAAGGAAAUCAAAAUAUUGCAGUUAUCACUAUGCUGCAGUAGUGCCGCUGCAUACCACUACAAACUACAACCACAGUAAUACAUUGUGCUGUAUUGUUAACUGAAUACAUCCCUGACAGUGUCAAUCAAAAUUAAGCACUAUUAUCUUUGUAACGGCAGAAAUGUUAAUGCAGCUUUUGAAUUGGAUCUCAUUAUGCAGGUAUACCUAAUGAUGUGGCUAGUGAGUAUCCACUUUGAUGCUAAACUGUUGAUCACAUGCCUACUCCCACCUCAAAUGUUAGUAUAGUAUGCUCCACUAGGAUGGAGUGCAUGCUAGCCAAAUACUGCACUAAAAUGACUUAUUACUGGUAUUUUGUUGUUGUUGCUGUGACACAUCACCAAGUCUUCUUCCCCCAAAGUAGUGCAAACGUUUUUGAUGACACUGCCCACUAAGGGUUAGUAAAAAAUGUUAUUAUGGUCAAAUCUGAGAAUCUACUUAUAGUACAAUGUAGGUUGCUCAUAAUUAUAUUACUUUAAGUGUGAAUAUCAAAUUAUUUUUAAAGAAUGUAUAUGGUUUCUGUCCGCUUGGUAGAGGUAAUAAGUUGGUCAUGAUGGUGACACUUGGAGAGUUUGGCAACCACCAAUUUUAAUAUAUGGAAAGAGCAUUUUUUUUUUUUUUUUAACUCAUUUGAAAAAUUAACUUUGACUCGAACUUUGGCCAAGGUAUGGAUCAGCUUAACCUUAACUGUACCUCUUUGACUACAAGAGUUCACUUCAACUUCGGUUGUUCCUCCUCAACUGUUUUCUCAUGAUCAUGUCCCAUUUUUAAAUUUGGUUGCAAAUAAAGUCAUGCUGUAUGAAUAAACAAGGAGAAAACGCUUUGACGGUUUUAUAGUCACAAACAGACUGAAGGGAGAGUAACUGCAGACUGACAAACAGUGAGCUCUUUUAGGAUAUUUUGCUGCUGGAAUCUCUCUUGAAGGCCGAGCUUCCACCCCUCCAGGUGGGACAGCGUCUCAUUCUGUAGGACGGCGGGGAUGCUGAAUGAGUACAGGCAACAUUUACAGCUAGUAGCAUCUGCUCGCCAUGUUGCUGAUGCCGUGGUCACUAUCAAGGGGGUCAUAGCGAGGCAGUUUUCAAAGCUCUCGUUCUGGUCAAACCAGUAAGUGGCGGGAUAACCCAGUAGCAGUCCGAAGACGGUGCUCAGGUUCCACUGAUCUGAACUCUCUGCCACAUAGAUUCCUCGAUCAACUUCCUUUCCUGCAUCAAACCCUCUUAGAAGAAAAAGGAGAUCUUGUGCGAUGCUCUUCAGCCCUGCUCUGACUGGCUCUAUGAUGGUGGGCUUGACCAGUGAGUGGCAGACGUCAAUCACCACCGGGCCGCCGUUGCGAAGCAUCCUCUCAAGAUUGGACCGGACUGCAACCGGGUUAAGUAUGAGGCUGUUACCGUUCAAGUCCAAGGUGACAAGGCAUUUAGAUACGAGUUGGGACGACUGACAUAAGCGCAAAUACCGAUGCACCUGCUCUGCACUCGCGCUGUUGGUGUCAUACAGCAGAGCAGGUUUCAAAGCCAAAUCUACAACUGAGAGGUGAGCAGCCACGUCCAGACACUGAGGGACAGAGAGAGAUUUUCUUCCAGUGGACAAACAUUUACGAGCUGCAGCAACGAAGAGCUCCAGAGUGUGCAUAGCUUGGCAAAUCACACAAUUUAAAUUAUGUUAAGCUACCGUUUCUGCACAAUGGAAGAACUUUACCAUCGAAGCAACAAGAGCAUACUUUAUGUUCUCAAGUCUGUCUGUCGAGCAAAAAUAAAAAGUAAUUACUGCUAUUAUUAUUGAAGAGAGGACACGUUUCAAACGAAGAUUCACAAAAAAAAAAAUAAAA